UCGCGCUUCCACUGCGUUAGUCAUCGCAGACGAAACCCCUUUCUAUCUGCUGAACUGACUGCGGCUGCUUUUUCAAGCGAUCUUUUAUAUAUAUUUUAUUUUUUCCUCUGAGCGAUAGGCCUGUGCCCACUGUAAUACGCAAUUUGAAAACGGGACGCGUGAUGCAUUUUUCUGCUUUAUUUCAUCAUUCAAUUUGAACGUGAAACCGUUUGGUGAUGGGUAAGAACAUGAAGUGAUUGUCAUUUUGUCGUCGGCGUUUGGGGGAGUGUGGUGACCGAGCUUUGGUGUCGGGGAAGGCUAUAUCAUAGCGCUCCAAUCUUAAAUAUCAUUUUUUUUUGUGGUGGAGCCCUUCGCAAUCGAGAUAUUUCUCUCCGUCUCUGGUAAGUGGGGGAGGCGGAGAGAGACAGGGCAGUGGGAAAAGGCGGUUUAUUACCCGUGGAACAAAACACUGUUUCGUUUGUGGCAUGAAUCGUAUGCAUUUUUUUGCAAGUGGACUAUAAAACGAAUAGUUCACUGCAGCAUUUGGCGUAUUUUCUCUGCGGCGAAUGAUAAAGAAAACCACCAGUGCUGAGCACGGCGCCCACCCGAACACUGCAAUUUUUGGGCAAAGAUAGACUGGCGUCGUCUUGCGGAUAGGCUACUAUGGCAGCAUAGGAGCAUCUUCUGAUGGGGAGAAUCCAUGAAUCCCUUGCAUUUUAGAAUGUGUUUUUAGCAGAAUGCAGUGAUGGGAUUUUAAACCCAGCCUCAUUACGCGGUUUCCGGUUCCUAGCUGGUAUUUCCACAUUGCAAAAUUAUUGGAAAAAACAGCGGAUCCCGAUGGCAUGGACACUUACGCAAGGUCUGCCGCGCCGCCGUGCUACUGGAGCCUAUUUGCUGUCUCUUCCUUCCACCCAGCUCCACCGCCAUCGCCCCGCAGCCCAGAGAGCCCUGCCGCAACGCGAUCAGCCACCACCGAGCCAAAGCAGGCGGCAUGAGGCUUGAUUCAGUACAUUUAUCCAUGCUGGUCAUCGGGGUCUCCUUCGCCUGCUACUCCCCGAGUUUGAAUUCCCUGCAGGACCAGGCUUACAAAUCCGCUGUGGUGAUCGAGGGCAAGGUGCAGUCCGCGCCUCUGAACGUCUCAGCGGAGCCGUACGGUGUGAGUGUCAAAGUGCUGGACGUGUGGCCGCGGAACAGCGGGGGUCUAGGACGGGAGCAGCUCGUCACGGUGGGGGAAUUCGGAUCGGAGGCUCCGUGCACCACAGUGAUAAAGAAUCACAAGUACAUUUUUUUCAUGGACCCAACCGAGGACCCCUUGGUUUUCAAGGCAUCGUAUGCUCCCCUAGAUACUAGUGGGAAGAACCUCAAAAAAGAUGUUGGGAAGAUAUUGUGUGAAAACUGCGCUAUUGCCCCAAAGUUAAAGCGAAUGAGGAACCCACUGAUGGUGGACGAGGGAAGCAGGCUCACGGUCAAAUGUGAGGCUACAGGGAACCCCAGCCCUACCUACAAAUGGUUCAAAGAUGGCAGUGAGCUCAAGAAAAGCAGAGAGGUCAAAAUAAAGUCCAGCCAGAAGAACUCCAGGGUCCAGAUCAGCAGAGCCAAGCUGGAGGAUUCUGGGAAUUACACGUGUGUGGCAGAGAACCUUCUGGGGAACUCUAACUCCACCAGCACUGUUCAUGUCCAAAGCAUAACCACCACACUAUCGCCAGGCUCGGGCCACGCCAGAAGAUGCAACGACACCGAGAAGGAUUACUGCGUGAACGGCGGCGACUGUUACUUUAUACAUGGUAUCAAUCAGCUCUCCUGCAAGUGUCCGAAUGACUUUACUGGCGACCGCUGUCAAAACUACGUUAUGGCCAGUUUCUACCAGCAUCUUGGGAUUGAAUUUAUGGAGGCGGAGGAGCUCUAUCAGAAAAGAGUCCUGACAAUCACGGGUAUCUGCGUGGCUCUGUUGGUGGUGGGAAUCGUGUGUGUAGUGGCCUACUGCAAAACCAAGAAACAGAGGAAGAAGAUGCACAAUCACCUGCGGCAGAACAUGUGUGCAGAUCACCCCAACCGGAACCUAGCGAAUGGACCCAAUCACCCAGGACCUGGCCCUGAGGAGAUACCCAUGGUAGAUUACAUCUCAAAGAAUGUUCCUGCAACGGAGCGUGUCAUACGGCACGGAACAGUGGCUUCUUUCCCCGGCAGCCACGCGUCUUCCAGAUCUCACAACUCCUAUACCCACGCACGCUCAUCCACGCACAGACACGAGGAUCGGACGUGGAGCCUGGAGCGGACUGACAGUGUCCUCUCGGACUCGCCGGGCAUGAUGUCGUCCUCCGUGGGGACCAGUAAAUGCAACAGUCCUGCGUGCAUGGAGGCCCGGGCCAGGCGUGCCGCACACUGUGGCUUUACUGUGCCCCACCGGCCGGGAUUGCAGUACGGAGACUCGUUCGACUCACUGGGGGACUCUCCACACAGCGACAGGUAUGUGUCGGCCCUGACGACGCCGGCCCGCCUCUCUCCAGUGGACUUCCAUUACUCACUGCCCCCGCAGGUGCCUAUCUUCCAGAUCACCUCCCCCAACACCAGCCAGGCCAUGUCCCUGCCGCCAGCCGCCCACACCCGCUACCCUCUGGAAGAUGACCAGCCUCUGCUGCGGCGCUACCAGGUGCCCCUGCACGACGUCCAGCGCCAGGAGCCCUACCGGCAGCAGCGCCGCACCUACCUGAACGACAGCACGGGCAGCCUGCCCUCCAGCCCCUACCGGCUGGCUGAGGAAGAAGACUACGAGACCACGCAGGAGUACCUGUCCUCCCGAGAGCAACCAAAGAGAAGUGGGCCUGGUGGUGGAGGGGGUCGGCGCUUGCGGAGGUCCAGGCUGAACGGCCACGUAGCGCCGCGAGGAUACGAGGCAUCACGGGACUAUGGCUCUCGCAGCUGCCUGACGGACAGCGAGUCGGAGGAGGAAGAAGGCGAGAGCACGCCCUUCCUCAGUAUGCAGAAUAUGAACGCGGAGCCCUCCACCAUCUACAGGCCAGCCGACAGUCGGACUUCUCAGUCGCACUCUACGGGGCGGCACGGUGCACGCGGGAACGUACAGACCAGACAGACGCACUCGCGGUCCAAACCGGACAAUGCACCCCACUAAAGAACGAAGUCGACCUACCAACAAAAAAUCUAUAUACUAUAAACCUGCACCUAUAAGAAAUAUUUUUAUUUUAUAUAACUGACAGAUAUUCUAAACAAAUGAAAUAUUUAUUUUCAUUUUAGCAAAAGUUGUCUACUAGUUAACAGCAAAGACUUUUUUUAUAGGGAAAACUCUAUUUAUAUGUACAUUUUGAUUUACAGCAUAAAAACACGUGCCAAUUUUUUCACUACUUAAGAAAUAGAGUAAUAUUGUGGUGCCUUUUGCUGUGUGCCGAUGCCAGAGGGCCAGUGGAGAUUUUUGCUGUGUGCCGAUGCCAGAGGGCCAGUGGAGAUUUUUGCUGUGUGCGAUGCCAGAGGGCCAGUGGAGAUUUUUGCUGUGUGCCGAUGCCAAAGGGCCAGUGGAGGUUUUUGCUGUGUGCCGAUGCCAGAGGGCCAGUGGAGGUUUUUGCUGUAUGCUGGAUGCCAGAGGGCCAGUGGAGAAUUGUUGCUGUGUGCCGAUGCCAGAGGGCCAGUGGAGGUUUUUGCUGUAUGCUGGAUGCCAGAGGGCCAGUGGAGAAUUGUUGCUGUGUGCCGAUGCCAGAGGGCCAGUGGAGAAUUGUUGCUGUGUGCCGAUGCCAGAGGGCCAGUGGAGGUUUUUGUAGCCUUUUCUUAUAUGGACAUUUUUUUUAUACACGUUUCCUCUUUUGGCUUUUUCUUUUCUUUCUGGGAGUCGAGCCCCAUUUGAACAUUACUCCUCCCCUUCCACAUCAUAUAAACCACUUAAUCAUAAGGUGUAUGUUUACAUUCAUAUCAUUUGCCUAUAGGGUUGAUCCUUUUUGGCAUCCAAUAGAAAAUCUGAUAAAUGCAACACAGGUCCUUUUUGCUCUCUGAGUGAAGGAGUGUGUGUGGGCAUGUGUGUGUGUGGGUGUUGUACCAACUCAUUGCUCUAUUGGGCACCAAAGCAAGCGGAAUCAGUAGAGGAAAGCUGCUGAUGCACAGUGAGGCCCAACCUGGGUUCCAGGGUUGUGCUGCUGUUGGGUAGAGUUCUGUUGGGUAGAGAGUUCUGCAUGUUGUUGCUUGAUGUGUGUUUACAGCUGCCUCACCUAACCUCAACCACCCCACCCCGGCCAACCUUGUCCCAACAGGGUAAGGUUUUACUUCAUGGCCCUCCUUGUCCCAACAGGGUAAGGUUUUACUUCAUGGCCCCCACUUUGUCCCAACAGGGUAAGGCUUGUCUAAUGGCCCCCUCCUUGUCCCAACAGGGUAAGGCUUGUCUAAUGGCCCUCUCCUUGUCCCAACAUGGUAAGGCUUGUCUAAUGUCCCUCUCCUUGUCCCAACAGGGUAAGGCUUGUCUAAUGUCCCCCUCCUUGUCCCAACAGGGUAAGGCUUGUCUAAUGUCCCCCUCCUUGUCCCAACAGGGUAAGGCUUGUCUAAUGUCCCCCUCCUUGUCCCAACAGGGUAAGGCUUGUCUAAUGUCCCCCUCCUUGUCCCAACAGGGUAAGCCUCCAACGUCCUGGCUUAUCUGUGAUUCUGAAGAAGAAAUGCCACUUGUCAGUGUACAGUAGCAGUUAGUCUGCCAUCAGUGAUAGUGGCUCAAUACAAAGAGACUUUCUCCCUUCCUCACCUGUCCAUUUUUGUCCCCGUGGUCAGAGUAAAGGGCCGCACAGCGUCUCAGGACUUCCACCCCUAUCCCCCCUCCACCAUCAGACCUACCUAGGACUUAAGGCCCCCCCCAAGGACAUUAAGGUCACACCCAACUUGCUAUUCCUCUGAGCACUCCCAUCUAGAAACAAGUAAAGCAGAGUGUUGAACAGAACAGAACACACUACACCGAUACAAGAUAAAUAGCUGUGAAACUUUGGAAGGUCAUAAAAAUGCCAAAAUAUGCAAACUUUCCAUUUUGUUCUGUUUGACAUCAUUUUCUAAGAGGUGACUGUAGUGUGUUGUGUGAAACCUAUGUAAUGCCUGUAGUGUAGAAGAAGAAGCACCAUGAUAGGAAUACAUAUUUACAUCAUUAUUAUAAGUUCAUGCAGUUAUGCAGCCAUUGCUCGAAUUGUCAAUUUUCCUCAUUCACAGAUUCAUGUUCAUAGAUUCUUUUUUUGGGUGGGGGGGGUUCAUGAAUUCUUAUCUCACCAUGUCGAGACCAAGCAGACAACACACAAGUCUACAGGAAUGACUAACCACUUUAAAGGGUCUCAUACACUAACGUCGAGCGCUGCUCAGUCUUGUGGAUAAGGAUAGGUAUUUGUUGCCUGUUGUGAGGUAUGUCACUAAAAGUUAACAAACUGUUCAAACUUCUCUGUCCUCCACUCCCCCAAAAAUAUUGCAGGAGCUUGUUUUGGCAAUCCAUUUGAAUUGUAGUGACAGAAAACAGUUGAUAAUCUUGCAGAACUGGUCAUAUACAUUUUUUUUGAAACGCAACCAAAAAAACUCAAAUGACUGUACCAGGACAAAUCAUCCGGUUAAUCUAGAGGACAACCAAACUGCCAAGUAGGAUUUGAAACAGAAAGUGUAUCUGUUGUAUAAUGAAAGGCAGAGUGACACAGACACAUAGACACUGGUUUUCUGUCUCAUCUCCCCUAUGGAUUCUCUCUCCUUCCGGGUCCUUCAUAGUCUGGGUCUAAUUUUGUAUGUUUGAAAAAAAAAUGCAAAAGUAGACCGUGCUUCUUUAGUUAGUUUAAAUGUGAUUACCCCCGCCCCCAUCUUGCCCCUCUCCUCACCUGACAGAAGUGCUGCCAGAUUCAUCCUGUUUUUUCCUUUUUUUUCCUCCCUCUCCGCUUGAAAUGUUUGAACACCUCACUUCUGCAUGUGCUUGUGGUCAAGGUUAGACGCGUGCAUGGUGAAGAAGCAGCAGACAUUUUUUUUUUUUUUGGUCAGUGAAAGUGUAUUUCAUUUCACAUUCAGCAAUAAAAAAAGCGCCCCCCAUGUCCAUUCUUGGAAUAUGCUAGAAAAAAUGUGAGAUUGUCAUAGAUUGUUAAAUAAAAUGAAAAAAUGAUCCACCUGUU